UAUAUGUAAAGGCCUUUAACUCCAAGGGAAGCAACUUCUGUGUGAAUCGAGAAGUGACGAUGAUGCACCGGCUUUUAUCUUGCAGUUUUGUUAUCUUUUGUGCUUUCAUUCAUAAUGCCAAUGUCCAGAAAAUACCAACAAUCGGUAUUAUUGGAGCAGGGAUCAGUGGAACAUCAACUGCACAUUUUAUGAGAGAAUUAUUUGGUGACGAAGCAAAGAUUGAUAUAUAUGAGAAAAACAAUGUUGGUGGUAGACUAGCAACCGUAGCCAUAGGUGACCAUGAGUAUGAAGUUGGAGGAGCAAUCAUUCAUCCCAAAAAUAUGUACAUGGUUAAUUUUACCAAAAUUUUAGGUCUUGACCAGAUAUCACAUGCUGGAGGUACAUUAGGGAUAUGGAAUGGAGAGGAGGUGGUUGUCAAGACCAGUAAAUACAAGGUCGUUGCCAUGGCACAGUUACUAUGGAGAUAUGGAAUGGAUAUAUAUAAUAUACAAAACUGGGUACAGACUGAAUUGAUGAAUGACUUUAUGAAAAUUUAUGACAUACAGGCAGGUGGGCAUGCCUAUACCUCUGUUACAGAUUUACUGGCAGCCAUGAAUCCAAAGUUUGUUGAUUAUCUGUCUAUCACCAUCAAAGAUCUCAUGAAAAAAGAAGGUUACUCUGACAAGUUUAUCAAUGAAUUGGUAAUGGGAGCCAUGAGGACUAAUUAUGGACAGACCACAGACGUUCCAGCAUUUGUUGGAGUUGUGUCUAUGGCUGGUGUUGACGAUGGACUCUGGUCAGUUAAAGGUGGAAACAAAAGGGUUCCAGAACUUCUGGUCAAACAUGCCAAAGCUAAUGUUAUAGAAGGUGAAGUAAAAGUGGUCAGAUUGGUUGAGGAAGAUCCACCAUUGUAUGAAAUUGAUUAUAAAUGUAAAAAUUGUGCUUCUGUGAAUGAGAUAAAGACUCGUGAAUAUGAUAUCUUAGUAGUAGCUAAACCGUUACAUCCUGAUAUAAACUCUAUAAAGUUUGAAGGAUUCACAACAGAGAUUAAAAACUUUCCACACAAAUAUCAUGUACUGACAACUACUAUGGUUAAAGGUAGUCCAAAUGCUACAUACUUUGGUUUGAAUUCUCCAGAUGACUUUCCUACGGAAUUACUCACAGGAAGUGAUCAAAUUCAUUUUAAUUCAAUUGGUAAACAAAAAUCUGUAAAUGAUGUAGAUGGUACUUCUGUAUAUAAAGUUUUUACCAAUACACCUCUGGAUAAAGAGAAAGUUAAGACUUAUUUUAAUAGUGAAGACGAUUUACGUAUGGUAUUUUGGCGAUCUUAUCCAGAAUAUGACUUUAAAGCAGACAGUUUACCUCCCUUUGUAUUACAUGAUAAGAUAUAUUAUGUAAAUGCUAUAGAAUUAGCCGCAUCAGCCAUGGAAAUGAGUGUCCUCUCUGCCAAAAAUGUGGCCUUACUAGCGCACCACCACUGGACUGGUAACCUAGAUAAGAUAGAUGAACCUUUUGAUGUUAAAGGCAGUGCAGAUAAAACAGAAUUAUAGGAAAUUAUUGAUGAUACUCAUUAUGAUUUAAUACCAGUCAAUCAUAUGCAUUAAGUCAUUAGAUAGAUUUUUUUUACAAUCUGAUUAAAUAUUAUUUCUUAUUCUUUGAUUAUUUGGAGAAAAAAAGUGUUGAAAAACAAUCUAAAAUCUGACAACACCCUUUACUACUUUCGGUUCUGAUCAAUUUUCUAUCAACCAAUGAAAUGUCUGCUUCCAUAAUAUUAAAGGUGUGUGUCAUUAAAACAAAAACCCAAGGAUCUCGAAAGGAAGCUCAAACAGAAAGUAGAAUUUAGUGUUUUCAAAUUCUUGCAAGCAAAGCAUUGACAAGAAUCUUUAUUUUAUUCAAACUGAAUCUUAAAUAAUCUUUUUUUUUAUAUUUUCAAAAUUAAAGUUAUGAUUGUGGAAAUUAUUGUUAUUUACUUUGGAAAGUCUUAAGCUUUUACAUAAUAUGUUUUCAUUAACUUCUCUAAAUUUUUGUUAGAUUUUUUACUUCAUGAGAUGCGAAUCUUGAGGUAGGGGCUGUUAAACAUAGUACCCAGAGAAUGAUAAUUUCACUUACAUUGGCAAGUCAUGCAAGUGUCCAAAGCAAAUUUGGAUACAGACAUCCCACUGUAAUUAAAAAUUCACACUCAAUUCAUACAUUGAUUUUGCCAUUAAAAAAAUCAUAAGACAAUGUAACAAGAUCAUAACUCAUUUAUAUAUGUGAUAUCGUCCCAGCCAUCAGGCAUACAAUUUGUGACAUCUUUAUUAAUUGUGAAAGACAUGGGAUCAUUUAUAUUAAUUAGAUAAAGAGCACAGUAUGCAGUUUUCAAAGACAUCUUCAGUUUAGAUGAACAAAUAUAAUUGUUUAUGAACCAUUGACAUAUAAAAUGUCUAUCUCUUGUUAUAUUCUUUAAGUGUAAUUGCGCCCCAUUGAUAAACAUAAUAUUUUACAUUCCAAAAAGGUGACCCAUUCUCUGGAUACUUUUUGAUUAGUAUAGAAAUAGACUCCCUCUGAAAACAAUUGUUUAAUCUUGAUAUAAAUUAUUCCAUUUUCUUCUAAAAUGUUUAACAUGUUUAACAAUUUAAAAGUCAAUGAAUUAGAUAAACAUGAUAAACAAGCUUGAUUACUUUUAUAAUGAAGAUUUUAUGUUUGCUUCAUACAUUGACUAAGCUUUUUCUACAUUCAGAUAGAUAUUUUUUUUAUCGGGACAUUUUUAACAAUUUACUUGUAUAUACUGUAAAUUCAGAAAUUAUUGCGUGCAUUUAUUAUUGCGAUUUUGUAAUUUAAGACUUAAAUGCGAUUUUGAUUUUUACGAUUUUGAGAAAAAUCCUGUUAAAUUCAUAUCAAAUAUUUCAAAAUGCGAAUUUUUAUUAUUGCGUUUACAACUCAGUCGCAUUUUUCGCAAUAAUAAAAACCUCGCAUUAAUUUCUGAAUUUACAGUAUGUGCAAGUGUGUGUUUUUAGAUUACAAAUGAUGGACAGUUCAUAUUUAUGUGUUCAUAAUUGUUUUUGUAAUUUAGAUUUUGUAAUUUUGAGUAGUUGUGAUGUAAGAUACAUGUCUGUCAGUUUACUCAAUUUUUAGCCGAAAGAAUAUGGCUGUUUGAUAAAAUUACAAACUAUUAUUAUGUGCUGGUACAAUCUAACAUAUAAAAAUGUGAAAUAUAGGAUUUAAAUUUUUUGCAUCUGAAUGAUAUCAACUUAUGAGUUUGAAUGUCUGUUUGAUAUCUUUCUUCUUUGUUUCAAACUUUUAAGGAGUUUAACCUUCUUAUAAGGAUAUUAUUGGUACUGGGUUUUAAUUUUUUUUAUGCCUUUUGUGCUUUUGUUUUUGUAAUUUUUAACUUAUUUUACAUUAAAAAUAGGGUGCUGGUUUUUAAAAAGACUUAAUAUAUAAGUUCUCCCAAACUACUUUCAGAUGAAUGCAAUUAUUCUUUGACAAGGGUGUAAUACAUUGUAGAUCACAAAAGACAACAAGAAUAACAAAACGAUAAUAAUCAAUAUUCUGAUACAGAAUGCUCACAUUUCCAAUAAGCUAGCUCUUUAAGUACUUAACCUGCUCAUAUGAAAUCAUACCGUCCUACACUUUAUACUUCAUAUGUCCCAAUUUCUUGUUUAAGUUGAUACAAUUAAUUGUGUUUUACUUUUGAAAGAAAAUAAGCAAUGUGUUGACAUUUGUCAUUUCUUAUCAACUACACUACAUUUUUUUUGUACAUGCAUUAUUUAGUUAGAUCAGUAGAACAGUAGAGUUAUUCAUGUAUAUGUGAGCAAGAAAUUUGAAAAAUGGUUUGAAUAUUUUCCUAUUUUUAUCAAUAUUACUAUCUUUAAAAUAUUUUAAGAAAGUAUGUAGUUUUAGUUUUUCAGAGCAGUUGAGAAGUAACAUGACUUCUAGUUACAUUUAUGUUUUUGUUGGGCUAAACAAACAUUCAUUCUUGAGUUGAAAUUUGUGGUAUUUUUUUCUUUUCUUUUUGCUUAGUUUAUAUUGGGGCUAUUUGCAUAUUUGAAAUUUAAGGAGGAUAAUUGAAUGAAUUCUGUCAUUUUCUGUGUAGUGUAUUCUAAGUUGCAUUGAAAUUUGAAAAUAGUUUUACCCUUAAGGUAUUUGUUUCAGAUAUCAUACAACAUCUGAUAAAUUGUAAAAAGCUUUUUGUGUUGAGAUGAAGUGCAAAACUGAUGAAAUGUAUCGACUAUAUUAGUCCAUAUCAGAGUUUGAAUUUAAUUCUAUGUAUAAUGAAUGUCAUUAGUGAAAUUAUUUUUGUUUUCAUUGACUGUGCAAUAGGUAUGAUAAGAAGGCAUGUCAGUUUUAUAUAUAUGAUAGAUAACAAUUCAUUAUUUGUUUAUAGAAAUCAGAGAUUGUUUUGAAUAAUCAUUUUUAAUUUUGCAUAUUUGAUCAUUGAUCAUGCUCGGUUAUUUCGAAUAAUUGUUUAUUAGGCUAUAAAAUUCAUCAAAUUA